UCUCAGGAUUUACUGUGGCCCACCACUUCAUUUCAUGUGGCCCACUGCAUCAUUUGACGUGAUCCACUACAUAAUUUAAAGUGGCCCACUACAUCAUUUAUUGUGGCCCACUCCAUUAUUUGAUGUGGCCCACUACAUCAUUUAAAGUGGUCCACUACUUCAUUUAAAGCAGCCCACUACAUCGUUUAAAGUGGCCCACUACAUAAUUUAAAGUGCCCCACUACAUCAUUUGAAGUGGUCCACUGCAUCAUUUUCAUGUGGGCCACUAAAUAAUUUAAAGUGAACCCACUACAUUUUUGAGGUGGUCCGUUACAUGAUUUAACUUGGCCCACUACAUGAAUUAACGAGGCCCACAACACCAUUUGAAGUGGCCCACUACAUUAUUUAAAGUGGCCCACUACAUCAUUUAAUGUGGCCCACUACACCAUUUGAUGUGGCCCACUACCCCAUUUGAAGUUGCCCACUAUACUAUUUAAAAUGGUCUACUACAUCAUUUAAAUUGGCCCACUACAACAUUUGAUGUGGCCAACUAUAUUAUUUAAAGUGGUCCACUACAUCAUUUAAACGGCUCACUACAUCAUUUAAGGUAGCCCACUACACCAUUUGAAGUGGCUUACUAUAAUAUUUAAAGUGGUCCACUACAUCAUUUAAACGGCUCACUACAUCAUUUAAGGUAGCCCACUACACCAUUUGAAGUGGCUUACUAUAAUAUUUAAAGUGGUCCACUACAUCAUUUAAAUCGGCUCACUACACCAUUUGAAGUGGCCCAGUACAUUUUUUGAAUUGGCCCACUACACCAUUUGAUGUGGCUUACUACAUUAUUUAAUGUGGCUUACUAUAUUAUUUAAUGUGGCCCACUAUAUUAUUUAAAUUGGUCCACUACAGCAUUUGUAGUGGCCUACUAUAUUAUUUAAUGUGGCCCCUCUACAUCAUUUAAAGUGGCCCACUAUAUUAUUUAAAUGGGCCCACUACACUAUUUGAAGUGGCCCACUACACCAUAUGUAUUGGCCUACUAUAUUAUUAUUUGGCCCACUACAUCAUUUAAAGUGGCCCACUACACCAUUUGAGGUGGCCCACUAUAUUAUUUAAAGUGGACCACUACAUCAUUUAAAGUGGCCCACUAUAUUAUUUAACUUGGCCCACUGCACCAUUUGAAGUGGCCCACUACACCAUUUGUAGUGGCCUACUACAUCGUUGAAAGUGUCCCACCACAAUGAUGAGGGGGCGUGGUUGCCCAGACCACCUCAUCUGGUUCCUCCCAGCGGCUUGACUCUGAGCUCCUCCCCGGUCUAUCUCAGGCUUUUAUUGUGAAAGGUUGUUGAAUGACGGACCACACCCAGACAUUCGGGUCAAGCAAGCUUUUAUUGUGACAUGAGGAUCAGCCCAUAGUGUUGUAGACCUCCAGCUUGACGAUGGCGCGGCCCUCGUCGGACAUGCAGGCCCUGACGUCCACCUGCUGGCCCUUGUAGACCACGCCCGAGCCGUCGGCCUCGUGGCGCACGAAGUCGCUGAACUCCUUCUCCUCGUACAUGUGCUGGAAGAGCUUGUGGUCCACGGGCAUGGCGUGCGGGAACACGCCCACGCCCAGCCAGUUCUUGUAGAAGGUGUAGUCGAAGGGCACGGAGAACAUGAGCGCCACCACCUCCGUGCAGCGCCGCUGCUGCAUGUUGAAGAGCUCGUAGGUCAGCACGCCCACCGCCCCCGACGCCGUGUUGUCGUCUUUGGUGAAGGAGCACACCUCGUUGCGGCCGGUGCGCACGGUGGGCUGGGGGGGGCUGUAGGGGUAGCCGCUCUCCAUGUGGACCCUGCCAGGUGAGGGAAGGUGUUAGCGGGCAAAGAAAGGUGCUGCCGGCCGGCCACACGCUUACUUGGGGUUGGUGAGGCAGAAGGUGCUGGUCACGUUGCAGAUCUCCACCGUGCAGUUGCGGUUGGUGGUCAGGCUGACCAUGUGCGACUCCGCCGUCUCGGGCAUCUUGACACGGGCGCUGGGCGGCGAGGAGGACCAAGAGGACGGCUGUGCGGCGUGCAGGACGAGGACAGGUGUAGCGCGGCGGAGGACGAGGACCUUGUGACCAGAGACUGGUCUUCAGCGUGCGGUGGAAUGUGCGGGCCACGCCCACACCGCCGCAGGGGGCGUGGCUUGUGAACGGACAAAACCGACUGAUGUUCUGCUUACAGGUAGAACAGGUUGUGUCACCUGUCACUGCUUGGCUCCUCCCACCUGGCUUUUGACAAACACACACAAACACACAUUUUAACACAAACAAACACACACACACACAUUUUAACACAGACAGACACACACGCUAAAACACAUGCACACAUUUUAACACAAACACACACACACACGUUUUAACACAAACACACACACACACAUUUUAACACAAAUACACACACUAAAACACACACACACACACACAUUUUAACACAAACAAACACACACACAUUUUAACACAAAUACACACACUAAAACACACACACACACACACACACAUUUUAACACAAACAAACACACACACAUUUUAACACAAAUACACACACUAAAAAACACACACACACACAAACACAUUUUAACACGAACAAACACACACACACACAUUUUAACACAGACAGACACACACGCUAAAACACAUGCACACAUUUUAACACAGACAAACACACACACACACACGUUUUAACACAAACACACACACACACAUUUUAACACAAAUACACACACUAAAAAACACACACACACAUUUUAACACAAACAAACACACACACACAUUUGAACACAAACAAACACUAACAAACAUUUGAACAAAAACAAACACACACACAUUGUGUCGUCCUGAAGUCAAUUGUUAAUAUUCUUUACAUAAUUACUUGAUAAUAUUUGUAUAUUAGUGACUGCAAUGCUUUAAUUUGGAGCUAAAGUUGUUUAUAUUUAUUGUAGGCCGUACUCGGUAAACAGCAGUUAAAUGAUGUCACUUCCGCUAAAUGACUUCCUGAUAGUUGACUUCCGGUAUUCGUUGGAAAGCAAGUCAUGCAUGUUGCGGUCUUCUCUCCUAAUUUCUGUUGCCAUCCUACACAAAGCGGCAAAGAAGCAAUGCCCCGGUUCGGAAGUGUUCAGACAAGUGGACCGAACAUGGGAGGCAGCGACAGCAAACUUCACUUCCGCAAGGCCGUGAUCCAACUCACCACCAGAACUCAGGCCGUGGACGCGUCGGACGACACGUUUUGGGACCAGUUCUGGUCCGACACAUCGACCUCGGUCCAGGACGUUUUCGCUCUGGUCCCGGCGGCGGAGAUCCGAGCCUUGAGGGAGGAGUCUCCGUCCAACCUGGCCACGCUGUGCUACAAGGCGGUGGAGAAGCUGGUCCGAGGCGCAGAGUGCGGCUGCCCCUCCCCCGGGGAGCGGCAGGUGGUCCUGAACUGCACGCGGCUGCUGACCCGCGUCCUGCCCUUCAUCUACGAGGACGCCGACUGGCGAGGCUUCUUCUGGUCCAGUGUGCCCGGCGCCGCCAGGACUGAGGAGGAAGAUGAUGAUGAUGAUGGUGGUGGUGGUGGUGAUGAAGGUCGGCCCCUCGCCGAGUCCCUCCUGCUCGCCAUCGCCGACCUUCUCUUCUGUCCCCACUUCACCAUCAAGACCAGCGUCCAGGAAGUUGACACAAAGUUGAUUGACAGCUGCGAGCACAUCUGGGAGGCGGGCGUCGGCUUCGCUCAGUCGCCGCCGCUCGACUCCUCCCACGACAGCAACAGGGCGGAGCUUCUGAAGCUGCUCCUCACCUGCUUCUCGGAGGUCCUUUAUCUGCCGCCGCCGGCCGCCGCUCAGACCGCCAACACCUGGGUGGUCUUCUUCUGCUCCUCCGCCAACAGACACGCCCUCCCUCUCUUCACCUCGCUGGUCAACGUGGUGUGCGCCUACGACCCGGCGGGAUGGGGCGUGCCCUACAACCACCUGCUGUUCUCCGACCAGCGCCAGCUGCUGGUGGAACAGGCGCUGCAGGUUCUCAUCGUCACUCUGGACCAGGGGACCACCCCGCCCUUCGCCACGGACGCCGGCCCGCCGCCCUCAGGAGAGGAGGAGCCAGCCGUGAGGAUGAGGCUCGAUUUCCUGACGGCGAACUCGGCCUUGCUGACGCCAUCUUGUCUCUUCCAGCCCGGCGCGCCUGAGAACCUCUUCGUCAACUACCUGUCCAGGAUCCACCGGGAAGAGGACCUGAGGGUGGUGCUGAAAGGUGUGGUGCGCCUCCUCAACAACCCGCUGGUGCAGACCUUCCUGCCGCUCUCCAGCAAGAAGAUCCACUUCCACCAGGAGCUGCUGGUCCUCUUCUGGAAGAUCUGCCACUUCAACAAGAAGUUUCUUUUCUUCCUGCUGAAGAGCAGCGAGGUUCUGGACCUGCUGAUCCCCAUCCUCUUCUUCCUCAACCGAGGCCGUGCUGAUCCCACGUGCGUGGGGCUGCUGCACGUGGGCGUGUUCAUCCUGCUGCUGCUGAGCGGCGAGAGGAACUUUGGCGUGCGUCUCAACAAGCCCUUCGCCCUGCGCGUCCCCAUGGACGUGCCCGUCUUCAGCGGGACCCACGCCGACCUGCUGGUGCUGACGGUCCACAGGAUGAUGACCAGCGGACAACGCCGCCUGCAGCCGCUCUUCGACUGCAUGCUCACCGUCGUCGUCAACGUUUCUCCUUACCUGAAGAGUCUGUCCAUGGUGGCGUCCAACAAGCUGCUGCACCUGCUGGAAGUCUUCUCCUCGCCGCGCUUCCUCUUCUGCGCCCGCAACCACCACCAGCUGGUCUUCUUGCUGCUGGAGGUCUUCAACAACAUCAUCCAGUAUCAGUUUGACGGGAACAGCAACCUGGUGUACGCCCUCAUCCGAAAGAGGAACCUCUUCUACCAGCUCGCCAGCCUGCCGGCGGAUGCGGCGUCCAUUCAGAAGGCGCUGCAGAAGAAGAGGAGGAAGUCCGGAAAGUCCGGCAGCAACUCCCCCGAGACGGAGUCCUCCCUAAGACCACCAGCGGACAACGCCGCCGCAGAGGCCAGCACCCCAGGGAUGGACAGGAUAACCGACAAGUCUCAGACCGAGGAGGACAAUAUGGCCGCUUUGGAACCGGACUGCAGCGCCAUCGCCGGGCUGAGCGACACCGAGUCCAACUCCGAGAGAGACCAGCAGCCGGCGCCAUCGCGUCCUGUCGGGAGUCACUUCCCUGCCGGGCCAUCCUCGUCGUGGAGCGCCAGCCCGGACUGGGUGCUGUCCUGGAGGUCCAAGCUCCCCCUGCAGACCAUCAUGAGGCUGCUGCAGGUUCUGGUCCCUCAGGUGGAGAAGAUCUGCAUCGACAAGGCUUUGACCGACGAGUCCGAGAUCCUCAAGUUCCUCCAACAUGGGACCCUGGUCGGCCUCCUGCCGGUGCCGCAUCCCAUCCUCAUCCGGAAGUCCCAGGUGAACCCCGGCACGUCCUCGUGGUUCCGCACGUACGUGUGGGGCGUGGUCUACUUACGCAACGUGGAUCCUCCCGUCUGGUACGACACCGACAUACGACUCUUCGAGAUCCAGAGGACCUAAAACCCCCGGCUGCCAAAGUCAUGUCCUGUGGAUUAUGUAGCGUGUCAUGUUGUAUGUCCUGUAAUGUGACAUGUCAUGUAGUAUGUCCUGUAGUAUGGCAUGUAACUUGUCAUGUAGUAUGGCAUGUAACUUGUCAUGUAGUAUGUCCUGUAAUGUGACAUGUCAUGUAGUAUGUCCUGUAGUAUGGCAUGUAACUUGUCAUGUAGUAUGGCAUGUAACUUGUCAUGUAGUAUGUCCUGUAAUGUGACAUGUCAUGUAGUAUGUCAUGUAGUAUGGCAUGUAACGUGUCAUGUAGUAUGGCAUGUAACAUGUCAUGUAAUGUGACAUGUCAUGUAGUAUGUCCUGUAGUAUGGCAUGUAACGUGUCAUGUAGUAUGGCAUGUAACAUGUCAUGUUAUGUGACAUGGCAUGUCACGUGUCAUGUAGUAUGGCAUGUAACGUGUCAUGUAGUAUGGCAUGUAACAUGUCAUGUUAUGUGACAUGGCAUGUCACGUGUCAUGUAGUAUGGCAUGUAACAUGUCAUGUUAUGUGACAUGGCAUGUCACGUGGCAUGACUUGUAGUAUGGCAUGUAACGUGACAUGUAGUAUAGCAUGUAACGUGUCAUGUAGUAUAGCAUGUAACGUGUCAUGUAGUAUAGCAUGUAACGUGUCAUGCUAUGAAACAUGGCACGUCACGUGGCAAGACAUGUAAUGUAGCGUCACGUGGCAUGACAUGUAACGUGGCAUGGCAUGUAGUAUGGCAUGUAACGUGUCAUGUAUUAUAUCAUGUAACGUGUCAUGUUAUGAUACAUGGCAGGUAAUAUGACAUGGCAUGUCACGUGGCAAGACAUGUAACGUGGCAUGACAUGUAGUAUGGUAUGUAACAUAACAUGUCAUGUAGUAUGGCAUGUAACGUGACAUGACAUGUCACAUGGCAUGACAUGUAGUAUGGCAUAUAACGUGACAUGACAUGUCACAUGGCAUGACAUGUAGUAUGGAACGUGAUGUGACAUGACAUUGUAUGGCACGUAACGUGGCAUGUAGUAUAGCACGUUGUAUGGCAUGUAACAUGUCAUGUCACGUAGUAUGGAAUGUAACGUCUCAUGUAACCUGACAUGAAAUGGAAUAUGGCAUGUAACGUGACAUGACAUGUCACAUGGCAUGACAUGUAGUAUGGCAUAUAACGUGACAUGACAUGUCACAUGGCAUGACAUGUAGUAUGGCAUGUAACGUGACAUGACAUGUCACAUGGCAUGACAUGUAGUAUGGAACGUGAUGUGACAUGACAUUGUAUGGCACGUAACGUGGCAUGUAGUAUAGCACGUUGUAUGGCAUGUAACAUGUCAUGUCACGUAGUAUGGAAUGUAACGUCUCAUGUAACCUGACAUGAAAUGGAAUAUGGCAUGUAACGUGACAUGACAUGUCACAUGGCAUGACAUGUAGUAUGGCAUAUAACGUGACAUGACAUGUCACAUGGCAUGACAUGUAGUAUGGCAUGUAACGUGACAUGACAUGUCACAUGGCAUGACAUGUAGUAUGGAACGUGAUGUGACAUGACAUUGUAUGGCACGUAACGUGGCAUGUAGUAUAGCACGUUGUAUGGCAUGUAACAUGUCAUGUCACGUAGUAUGGAAUGUAACGUCUCAUGUAACCUGACAUGAAAUGGAAUAUGGCAUGUAACGUGUCAUGUCACGUAGGAUGGCAUGUAACAUAAAUUCAUAUAAAAUAAAUAUAAACUGUUUGAGGCGUAUUAGACCUUGUUUAUGUGUUGAAGCUGCAAAAGUGUACAUGCAGGCCAUGACUUGAUCCCAUAAGUAUUCUUGUGCCAUGGUCUGGGGUCAGGCCACUUGUGCCAUGGUCUGGGGACAGGCCACUUGUGCCAUGGUCUGGGGACAGGCCACUUGUCCCAUGGUCUGGGGACAGGCCACUUGUGCCAUGGUCUGGGGUCAGGCCACUUGUGCCAUGGUCUGGGGUCAGGCCACUUGUGCCAUGGUCUGGGGUCAGGCCACUUGUGCCAUGGUCUGGGGUCAGGCCACUUGUGCCAUGGUCUGGGGACAGGCCACUUGUGCCAUGGUCUGAGGACAGGCCACUUGUGCCAUGGUCUGGGGACAGGCCACUUGUGCCAUGGUCUGGGGACAGGCCACUUGUGCCAUGGUCUGGGGACAGGCCACCAAAGGUGUGGUGAAGCUCCAGGUGCUGCAGUAAAGCUCUGUCUUUUACUUCCUUCAAGGUUCCUUUCUUGUUUUCAACUGAUCUUUCUGCACGUUUGGUAGCAAAACAACAAAUCACAGGAUCCAGAAUUCCUUGCGAGGUCACCAUGGCGACGGUCGACAUCGCCACAUUCAGCUGAUGUUUGCACGGAGGACGCCGGGGUCACUCGGCGAGGGCGUGCAAGCUCCUCGCUAUCUCUACUUUCCUGGGGUUAUAACGUAAACAAAGUGGUUUUGAUUCCAGGUAGGGUUUGCUCUUUGAAGACUUUUGGCGUAGAAGGACAGAGGGCGGA